UUUAGAUAUGUAAAAAGGAAAAUAUUAGUGAAGACAAAUGUAGGUCCCUUACAGUAAGAGACAAGUGAAUUCAUAAUGCAAAACAAGGAAAUGGCAGAACAGUUAAACAAGCACUUUGUUUGUGGCUUCCUUAGUGAAGACAUAUCAAAUUCUUAAAGGAUUAGGCAGGCUAGAUGCAGGAAAAUUAUUCCCGAUGUUGGUGGAGUCCAGAACCAGGGGUCACAGUUUAAGAAUAAGCGGUAGGCCAUUUACUUGAAAAACUUUUUGAUCCAGAGUUGUGAAUCUGUGGAAGGGGAGGGAUUGGCAUGGGGGAAUAGGCAUAGGGUAAAUGUGUUUUCCUUCUCAUUUCAGGAUGUAGAGGAUGGGUCAGGAAUUGCUCACCAGAAUAUGGGGUGGUGUAGCGGUGCAGAGUUGCUGCCUUAUGGUGCCAGAGACCAGGGGUUGAUCCUGACUAUAGGUGGUGUUUGUACAGUUUGCAUGUUCUCCCUGUGACCGCGUGCGUUUUCUCUGGAAUGUCUGGUGUCAAUAUUGAUAGGAAAAUGAUCCAUGGUGGUGAGCACAACCAAUCCUCAUUAUGCAGGCGGUAUGGCGUUGAGUGGGCAUGUUUGACCACACAGUCCUUCUCAAAGUUGACUUAGGAAUACUUGUAACUUUUAGGCUUUGCUAUUUCCAGGUAGCAGAGUAUUGUGGUCCCCAGUCCCUUCAGAGCUGUGACCUCUUCAGCAUGCACACUAUCAUGAGCACGUGACCAGUCAAACUCUGGUGGUAUACUCUCCCCUACCUUGUCAGCUAGUCGGAAGUAGGUCUGGGAAUUAAAGGCUGAUUUAUCCGAGCUGGUACAAUCGGGCGCAUUUUUAUUCAGGUGAAAUCCAAGAGAUCUGGAGGAAUGGAUUAUGUGUUCAUGUUCCUGGAUCAGUCAAUCUAAUGGGAUCAUGAGGGGAAAGGAACCAAAAGCUGGAAGGUGACAGUAUAGAGAAGGCAGGAAGUGGACAAUGAUUGGUUGCAAAUUUUAUCUCAACAUGGAACCCCUCCCCCAGCUUACUUCUUUGGUCUGGCAAUACACUUGUAUCCAAUGGGAACCGAACACCUCAACGACAAAGAUCAGGCCAGACUAAUAAGAGAAUGAAAGAGUUAAUCGCUAAUGGCUAGAAUUACUUGCCAAUGGGAUACUUGACCAUUUCUGUAUUCUUGCUUAAAUGCUUAUUUAGCUUUAAAACUACUGACAGAGGAAAUAUACUGCUGACUCGUGUAGCUGAAAACUGAAAUACUGCUGGUGCUUUGUAUGGGGGUAACUAAUAACUGAAAUACUGCACACUCAUGUCGAUGUGAGCGAGACCAAUGUAGAUGUGAGUGAGCAAUACUUGCAAUCCUUGGAAUAACCACAGAAGAGAAUAUGCCUGGGAUAACCGAAUCAACAGAACGGCAGCUGACCGAACUAACCUCCUCUCUGUCGCCUGAAGCCUAGGGCUGCCUUACCAUGCCUGCCAUGUUCAUGCUGAGGGACGAAGUGCCAAUUCUGAUCGGAUCUGCCGUCAUCCUCGUGGGUGGCUAUGCCUUGCAUCGUCUGUGGAGACAACACCGAAUGCUGGAAGAAACUGAAUCGUCGAAGGAAAGUGUAUACGAGACACAGCGAGCCCUGAAUGAGUAUCUCCACUUCCACUACGGUGAGCCACAGGUACAAUACCUGGGCAUCGCCAACACUGCCGCAGUCCAGAACUUCCCACGGAGGUGUGCUGAGGAAUGCAUCAAACACUUCACCCAGCAGAAUGGUGUUCCCAGCAGAGCCCUGGACAUUGGUUGUGCUGUGGGGAGGGCUUCAUUUGAGCUGGCCCGGAUUUUUCAAGAGGUGGUGGGCAUCGACUUCAGCCUCCCAUUUGUGAAUGCUUGCAACCAACUGAAGGAACAAGGCCAGCUCCCUUAUACUGCCACCAUAGAGGGAAACUUGACCAUCCAACAUGUUGCUGUGGUGCCGCAGGACAUUGAAAGGAACCGAUGUAUUUUCAAGCAAGGGGAUGCUUGUAAUCUACCUACGGAUCUAGGAACCUUUGACUGCAUCCUUGCAGGGAAUCUGAUCUGUCGCCUACGUGACCCUUUUGCAUUCUUGCACAGACUUCCGGGACUGGUGGCCCCUGGUGGAAUCCUUGUCAUUGCAUCACCUUACACCUGGCUGGAACAGUUUACAGCCAAGUCACUCUGGCUAGGUGGAUACAAGGAUGACUCUGGCAAGGAAGUGAGAGGAUUUGAUACGAUGAAGAAACUUUUCUCCCCAUAUUUUGAGCUUGUGGCUGAGAAGAAUGAGCCCCUCCUGAUCCAGGAGACAGCACGGAAGUCCCAAUGGACAGUGGCUCACGUGACGAUAUGGAGAAGGGAAACCUGAAAAGAAUCAGUAGUGGCCUUUGAGAGUCAAACAGUUUGCUUUAAAAAUAGCCAGCUUAAACAAAUUAAAUUGCUUUCAAUUUAGGGAAGUAAAAUUAGCUAAGAAGUAACAUCAAUAUGCAGGUGCUAUCAUGUUAAAAAAAUAUUUGGACUGGUACAUGGAUAAGAUAGGUUUAGAGCGAUAUGGGUCAAAUGCAAGCAGAUGGAACUGGUUUAGAUGGGACUCAUUGAUCGGUCUGGGCAGGAUGGGCCGAAGGGCCUGUUUCCAUGCUGUAUAACUAUGAUUCUAGGACUUAGUUAGAACAAUGAAAAAAUAAUAUUGUCUUGGUUGUCUAUUGUCCCGUUUUCCGAGACAGUGAAAUAACUCAUUGAGAAACACUUUUGCAUACAAUCCCGAUAAAUCAUACCAUGCGGAAGUACAAUCAAGACAUGGACAAGUACAGUAGGUAGUCCAAAAAGAGAAACAGUGCAAAAUAUAUUGUUACAGUUACAGAGAAAGUGCUGAUUUUAAAAAAGUGCAAAGGCCCCAAUAACACAGGCUGGGAGAUUGUGAAUACAUGCUUAGUUUAUGAAAGUACCAUUCAAGAACCUGAUAAGUAUCAGAAGAAGCUGUCUUGAUUCUGCUGGUACAUGCUUUCAAAUUUUGGAAUAUUUUGCCCAACGGGAAAGAGGAGAAGAGGGUUUGACGAGGGUGUAAGAGGUCCUUGAUUGUGUCAGCUGCUCUCCAGAGGUAACGUGAAGUGUAGAUAGAGUUGAUUGGGAGUGUGUGGGGGGGGGGGGGUAUAGUGUGGCUUGUUUGCUUGAUGCACUGGACUCAAUCCACAGCUAAUUUUUUUGCAGUCUUGAGCAGGACAAUUGCCAAACCAUGUUGUGAUGGAUUGCAUUAGUAUUUCAAUCAGUCCAGUGAUUUCAAUAGUAUUUAAAUCAGUCCAAGAAACCUAGUGAAUGACUUGGUCGAGAUUCAAUUGUAAAUGGCAGUGUUUACAGAGUUAAGUUAUGUUAUUUUUUUAGAGCAUAAAACAUUACAGCAUAGGAACAGGCCCUUCAGCCCACCAUGUCUGUUGGGACAUGAUGCCAAUUUAAGUCCCAUUUGUCUGCACAUGGUCUAAAUCUCUCAAUUUCCUGUCUGUUUGUGCUUGUCUAAAUGUUUCUUAGAUGUUAUUAUCGUAUCUGCUUCCACCACCUACCUUGCCUAUGUAGUCCAGGUACCUACCAUUCUGUAUUUAAAAAAAAGGUACAUGCCUUGCAAACUUGUCUAUUUUGAAUGAUGGAGUGAUAUUCUAGAAUCUGCUAACACGACGGAUUUAAUUGUUGAACAUUGAGAAUCACCAUUGGCAACAGGGCACAUUCAGUUCAUGAACAAGGAUUAAAUCGGUAAAUGUUUUACUAAACCUCUCCUUCAAAGUAACUAUUAAAAUAUUUACUUAAAUAUU